AUGGUAUAUAACUAUACAAGACCGCGUGGCCCGAUUGCUGCUAUGUAUAGCAGCCCAGGGCCAUGUUAUUCACUUCCCAGUUUGGUUGGUUAUCCGAAUCACGAUCCUCGUUCUAAUCAUCUUCGUGGUGCUCAGUGGUCUUUUGGUAUUCGACAUGGGAAGUUCAGCGAUGAGAGCAGUCCAGGACCUUGUUACUACCCAGACUCAAAAAUACUUCGUGAUGGCAAAGAUGGAACGCCCCAUUAUUCUCUAUAUAGUAGACAAAAAGAAGCUAUGAUAUUUUCUAAUCCUGGACCAGGAGCCUACACUCCAGAAAAUAGUGAUAGUUCUGUGUUUCAUAAGGCGCCAGCUUAUUCUCUCAGUUCUCGGAAUAAAGAGUUCAAAACAGAUGACGUUCCCGGCCCAAAUAGGUAUAACAUUGACCCUAUGCUUGGAAAAACGGUACGAAGCCAAAAGCAGUCAGCUCCUGCAUAUUCCUUGUCAAGUAGAACAAAAUUGUUCGGUGCGGCUGAGACACCUGGCGCUGGGGCAUAUAACGUUACUGACCUUAAUUUGUAUCGUGAAGCAGCUCCUAAAUAUUCAGUUACAGGAAGGAAUCAGCUACCGACUGAUACAACCAAAAAGCCUGGUCCUGGAGCUCAUUAUCCUGAAAGAGUGUACGUAAAUUCUAAGUCCGCGCCACAGUUCUCAUUUGGCAUUCGUCAUUCACAAUACAAGGGUGAAUUUAUAACAGACGCUGAUCUGAAUCAGUAA